CAGUAGGUAUUCCGAAAUUGCAAUUUGCUUUUUCUAUAUAUUAAUGAUUUGGUUUAUAGUUCGUUUUUAUAUGUACAAUUGAAAUAAAUAGCUGCAAUUGUAAUUGGUCGUACGCAAUAAAAAAAGAAUACAAAUGUAAUUUUUAGAUUUAUUAUACACAUUUAUUAUUUUAAUUAAAUUAAAUUUUAAGAAUUAAUUUAAAUUCUUAAAAGUUAAAUUAAAUUUUUAUCUCAUAUUAUGCAUCAAAAAGGUUUUUACCUGAACAAUUUUGUUUUAAUAUGUUUGACAAUCUGGGUUUUUAUUGACCGAAUUAACUUAAUCAACGCUGAUUCUCCUCCAGUGGUGUUGUGGCAUGGAAUGGGUGACAGUUGCUGUAACCCAUUUAGUCUUGGAAAAAUUAUCAAGAUAUUGCAAAAAAACUUAGGAACUAAUUCUUAUGUGAAGUCUCUACAAAUUGGAAAAUCAUUCGAACAGGAUGUUAAAAACAGUUUUUUUAUGAAUAUAAAUCUUCAAGUUGUGGAUGCUUGUAAACAAAUAGCUGCGGAUCCAAAGUUGGCUAAUGGUUAUAAUGCUAUUGGAUUUUCACAAGGAGCUCAAUUUCUGAGAGCGGUUGCACAAAAAUGUCCUGACCCACCAAUGUUAAAUCUUAUAUCUAUUGGUGGUCAACAUCAGGGAGUUUUUGGAAUGCCAAGAUGCAUUUAUUCUAGUUUCAAGUGGUGUGAAUAUGUGAGAUUACUUUUGAACAAGGAAGCUUAUGUAAGUUGGGUACAAGAUAUAUUUGUUCAAGCAGAAUAUUGGCAUGAUCCUAUUAAAGAAUCAGAUUACAUCAAAGGCAGUCACUUUUUAGCUGACUUAAACAAUGAACGUGUUAUCAACAAAAGUUAUCGUGAUAAUUUACUUAAAUUAAAAAACUUUGUCUUGGUUAUGUUUACCAAUGAUACAAUGGUUGUUCCAAAAGAAAGUGAGUGGUUUGCUUUCUAUACACCAGGUCAAGAUAAAGAAAUUAUGCCACUGGAACAAUCUGCAAUAUAUCUUAUUGAUCGGCUUGGCUUAAAAAUUUUAGAAGAAAGUGGUAGAUUACAUUUUCUAUCUGUUCCUGGUGAUCACCUUCAGUUUUCCGAAGAUUGGUUUUUGAAUGAAAUCAUUAAAAAAUAUCUUUAAGUAGUCUGAUAAUGUUAACUUUUGUUGGUUGUUUUAUAGUCAACAUUUUAGAUGAUUCAUAAUUUUUAUAAAAUAACAUUUUGUACACAUUUUUUUUAUAAAAUAAUAAAAAUGUAUAACAAUUA